ACAGCUAAAAUGAACGCACCAGAAUUAUUUACCAAAAUAUGUCAAGUGACCUUGCCAGUUUGUAAACAAUACCUUGAAGAGCAACUUUUGAUACAAAUUAUCUAAUUUCCUUGUUGUUUGUUUGAAAUAUCGUCGCAGUUAAAUUCAUUUAUUAGUUUUUGUUAUUGAUUUUAUCGUGCGUUAUUGUGAAAAUGAAUAUCGAUUUCGAAGCUAUGGCUGUUUUGGAGGAGGAAUCACAGAAUGAGUCGCUGGGUGGUGGGGUGUACGGCUCGGUGGGGGCGUCGGGCGCGGAGGGAGGGGACAGGCGCGAGGGGGGCAAGCGCGGGCGCAGGCCAGGCCGCAAGGCGCAGCUCGACAAACAGGACAUGAAGGCCAAGUUAGAACGCAGCAGGCAGUCGGCGCGUGAGUGUCGUGCUCGCAAGAAGCUCCGCUAUCAAUACCUUGAGGAGUUGGUCGCCGACAGGGAGCGCUCCGUCAUCGCGCUCAGGAAGGAACUGGAUAAGGUGAUUUUACAAGUGGAAUCUGGAGCUCGACCAGGGCAGGAUGCCCGAGGGUCUGGAGGCUGUACUCCAGGAGAUGGGGAUCGUCAAACAGGAGGAGAGUAAUUCAUUUUUAAAGUAAAUUUUAUUUUCGACAUGUAAGUGGGGGUUGAGGAGUGGGAUUCACGCUAGUGUGGUUUUCACGACAGUCUUACAAUAUGGCAAAUGAUUCUUCAAUCAUACGAACACCUUUGGACUUUGACUGAAUGGAUUUCUUCUGGUUAGCCGUUUCUUAUGUUGGGAUCCGCUGCUAGUGUUACUGGAUUCUUCUACUGCUGAAAAUGUGAUCAUAGUCCCAAUAGUAACUAAAUCAAACACCCUGUAGACAUAAACCUUCUUGGUAUAUAUAACAUAUCGGUACUUAUACUGACUGCCACAUUAUGUCCCGAAUGUUAUCAUCCAAGUUCAUCCAGCAAUGUCUCCGAAAAUCAUCAGGACAGAUCAUAAUUAAUUCGAUAAAGUACCUUUGAAAUAAACACCUUUCUUCAAUGCUGCGAGCAUUGAAGUAACCAGGAAUAGAGCGAGGCAAAUAUAACAAGAUAUGUACUUAAAUAGGCUUUUAG